UACUGACUUGACGUCGCAACGGAAUACCAACGGAAUAAUAUCCAAAAGGAAAAAAAAAACAGUUAGUACCCGAUUCAAAAUUUGCAUCGCGUGAGUGGGUGCUACGAAAAUUAGUGCUUCGAAAAAGUAUCGAUAUCGUGUGUGAUUGUGUGGCUUAAAAAAAAACGCAUCACCAGCCAAGUGAUAGCUGUAAAAAUUGACAAAGCAAAAUAUAUAUAACCCAACCAAAACUCUAGAAAAUGUGCAAUUAAAACAUUGGCUUGCAAGUGUAGAGACAACGAGCUUAAGUAAGGGAUUAUCUGCAUAAGUUGGAAAGAAGGAUUAUCUUCAAUAAGCGGCGGACCUUCCAGCUAGUAUAACCUCAAAAAUGGUUUCGCACUAUUACAAUACACUGCCCUACACGCAAAAGCAUACGGCUGCGAAUCUGGCCUAUGCCUCGGCGGCGGGUCAACCGUGGAACUGGACAUCCAACUAUCACCACACGCCGCCAAACCAUCAGUUCCUGGGCGAUGUGGACUCGUCGCAUGCCGCCCACCAUGCGGCCGCUGCCCACCAGAUGUACUACAACUCCCAUCACAUGUUCCAUUCGGCGGCGGCGGCCAGUGCCGGGGAUUGGCAUUCACCCGCUUCCAGUACGGCGGCGGCGGACAACUUUGUCCAGAAUGUGCCCACAUCGGCGCACCAGCUGAUGCAGCAGCAUCACCAGCACAGCCACCAUCAUGCCCAUGCCUCGAGCAGCUCCGCCAGUUCUGGCAGCAGCAGUAGUGGUGCCCCAGGUGCACCCCAGCUUAAUGAGACCAACAGCAGUAGCAUUGGCGGCGGAGGAGGAGGUGGUGGUGGUGGUGGAGCCACUGAUGGAGGACCUGGUUCCGUGCCAUCCAACCACCAGCAGCAGCAUAUCGCCGAGGGUCUGCCUUCGCCUCCAAUCACCGUCUCCGGUUCGGAGAUCUCGAGUCCCGGGGCACCAACUUCCGCUUCGUCGCCGCAUCACCAUUUGACGCACCAUCUGAGUGCCGUCGCUGGCAACAACAUAAAUAGUCCAUCCACCCACAAUAACAACAACAACAAUAACAACUCGGUGAGCAACAACAAUAACAACAACAACAAUAGGACAUCGCCAUCGAAGCCACAAUAUUACGAAUGGAUGAAGAAGCCCGCCUAUCCAGCGCAACCACAGCCAGGAAAAACACGCACCAAGGACAAGUAUCGAGUGGUUUACACCGAUUUCCAGCGCCUGGAACUGGAGAAGGAGUACUGCACGUCUCGCUACAUCACCAUCCGGCGCAAGAGCGAGUUGGCUCAGACGCUGUCGCUGUCGGAGCGUCAGGUGAAGAUCUGGUUCCAGAAUCGUCGCGCCAAGGAGCGCAAACAGAACAAGAAGGGCAGCGAUCCGAACGUGAUGGGGGUGGGUGUGCAGCAUGCGGAUUAUAGCCAACUGUUGGAUGCUAAGGCGAAAUUGGAGCCGGGCCUACAUCUGCCCCAUUCGCUGGCCCACUCGAUGAACCCAAUGGCGGCGAUGAAUAUACCCGCAAUGCGACUGCAUCCGCACCUGGCAGCCCACAGUCACUCGCUGGCGGCGGCGGCGGCGCAUUCACACCAGCUGCAGCAGCAGCACAGUGCACAGAUGUCUGCUGCGGCGGCAGUUGGAACGCUUUCGAUGUGACACGAUCAUCAUUCCUGUUACGGGAGCGGCGGCAACAACAGCGAUAAUAACGGUUACAUGGAGCCGCAGCAUUCGCUGCUGGUGGAAGAAAGCGAUGGAGGACCCUACAGUGCUCCCGCUCUCAGCUUGGACUUGGCUUAACCCUUAGGUCGCGCAGUCAGACUGUUUCGACCAAACCGAGAAAAUAAGCUCCCAAUAAAAUGGAGGAGGACUUGACGGCCGUGGCACCUUGAAUAUUGCACGUUGUUAAUUUUUGUGAUUGUAUAUUCCUGGUUUAAACACCGCAUGGCCCCUCCCAGCUUAAAAGUCCCAAUUUUGUAUUAUGUUUGUUUUUUGUUCAACGUAAUUUAAAGUAAAUGUUUAGAUCGUAAGUUGUGGCCCUUAAGUUGCCGACGAAAAACAAAAAUACAAUUCAAACCAGCCGUCCCAGCCGUUAAAAGAAGUUAUUCCCAGCAACUUAAAUAACUUUAGUACAAGCAAUUAAUUUUAGAGCGCUACUUGAUUCUUCAGCCCAUGUAAAUAUCUACAUAAAAAGAGUUUAACGUUUAUUACUUUAAUAUAUCGUAAUAACAAUUAGCCAUAGUUUAAUCUAGCUGUACUAAAUGUAAAUGUAUUGCAUUUUUCGAGCACAAAAGCAAAAUUACCAUAUUAAUAAAUAUUUUUAACGUAUUCAUCCACAGUUUUCCUUAGUUCAAUUUUGGCGGCAAUUAAUUUAUAUCUUGUGAAUGUAUGUGUGUAUAUGUGCUUAGAUAUUUUAAUAAAAUAUGAACAACAAAAACACAA